AUGACCACGUCGUCGCGGUCUUUUGAGGCCAAAAAAUUGAAGAUCUUGAGCGCUCUGACUAUCCCGGAUGAAGCAUAUACGGAUUUGUCGCCCAAAGGCUCUGUAGACACAGGCGUUAGAGAUUUAAUUCGGGACAUCAAUCAGCUGCAGGGUCUCGUUACAACGAGCAGUUGUGCUGGGCGGAUUAGCGUCUUCUUUGAGGGAGUAGGGUCCGACGUACGGAAUUCGCAGGCAGAUAGGAUACAACGGGAAGAAGCCAGUGAUGAGCCCAAUGUAGAUUCCGAGAGGAGCAGGCAAUUUGCGCCUACGGGUGGCAAAGGCAGUGGGAAAUGGCAAUUCGUUUCGCAUGAUCCGAUCGAAGUGGACGAUUCUAAGCCCUCUUUUCAUGAUUUGUUCAAUUUACAGCCUACAAGGGGCUCUAUCAGGCCCGGCAGCAAUAGCCAGCUGCGGCUUGCCCGUUUUCAUUUUGAGCCAAUGAUUUUACAUGUCAUGGCGGAAUCGCUGAAACACGCGCAGCCUGUUCUAACCGCGGCCUCAAGCGCCGGUUUCCGUGAAAGCGGCAUUCAAAGUCUUCGAUGUUUGGAUGAUAAGAAUACCUGCCCUAUUGUAGCAGUGAGAUCCUCCGGGCUGGCGGUGGAGUCCAUUAUCGGCUACGUGGACAACGACAGCGCUGAUGGCGAGGCCGUUGUUCGUAGUCUGGUGACAGAAGAAUACCUCCAUAUGCUUGUUUUAAUCGCCAAUGAAAGGUUCAAAACCAAUUAUUCCCGAAUGGACAGGUUCAGGACAAAGUUAAUGGCAUUAUCAACUGGCUCUCCAUCUAGAAUGUCGUCCCAGAACAAGGGAUGGGAAGACGCUGGCCGUAGAAGGGAGAGAAAACGCGCCGAAGGCUUGCAGCGGAGAGAGUUAGAAAGGCAGGCAGCUCAAGCAAUAGAAAAGCCUCCUGAAAGUGAAGACGAGAUAACUAUUCCUUUUUGGGGAGCCUAA